AAACUGUUGUAACUGCUUGGAGUCUACAGGGACAACAGCAUUUAUUGGCAUAAAUUUAGUGUUUUUUGUACACUGUAUAUUAUGUGCAGUUUUUGUGCCCUUUUUUCUUUCUUUCUCUGAGCUCUUACACAAGAAUUUGCCACUAACACUUACUUUCUUGUCAACAGCUUUGCUAUGAAUUCAAAUAUAUUCUAAAAACACUUGUAAAGGACUGGUUCAGUGCCCCUCAUUGAGAUUUGUAUCUUAGUGGCUGUAAGUUGCAUGUUGGUGUAAAGUGAUACACAAUAAUCCAUUUUUAAUCCAAAGAAGCUAUGAACGAUUUAAAGAGUAGAUAUGUCAAGCGUUUUUUUUUUAAAGCAUGAAUCAUUCUACAUAAGAAUGUAAUCUUCUAGGCUACUUUAGGUUUAAUGGAGCAUGCCAUUUUCCAUAGCCCCAACUGCCAUUUUCACAUUUCUUCCAUUUAAAGUCACAUGAUUCUUGGAAUUUAGUGGAUAUGAUAUAAUAUCAUUCCAUAUCACUCUUUCAAUAUUUCACUGCUGUAUUUGAGAAGUCCAAAGAAAGAAAUGGAUGUACAGGUAGCCCUCAGCUUACAACCACAAUUGGGACCAGAAUUUCCAUUGAUAAGCAAAGGGGUUAAGUGAGUCAUACCUUAUUUCAUUAUCUUUUUGCCAUGAUUGCUAACCAAAUCCCUGCAGUGAAUGACCCAGUUGUAAAGCAAAUCCGGCUUCCCCUGUUGAUUUUGCUUGUCAGAAACUGACUGAGAAGAUUGCAAAAUGGUGCUCACAUGACCCCAGGAUGCUGCAACGGUCAUAAAUACAUGGCAGUUGCCAAUCACCUGAAUUUUGAUUUAACGGUUAUAGUGCAAGGACUGAUAGUAAAUCACUUUUAUCAGGGCCGUUAUACCUUCAAAUAGUCCUUGAACGGUUGUAAGUCAAGGACUACCUUCAUGUGGUGCUGAGGAUCAGCCAAAAACUAAAAUGUAAUAUAAGAAUUGUAACAGGAAUUCCAUAUCCUUUGUCCACUUGCUUUCUUCUUUGGGUCAAAAAGAUAUGCCAGACUAAUCUUAUCGCAUUCUUUGACAAAAUGACAAAAUUAGUAGACCAGAGAAAUGCUGUCAAUAUAAUUUACUUGGACUUCAGUAAAGCAUUUGAUAAAGUAGACCAUAACCUACUACUAGAUAAAGUAGAAAAAUGUGGGUUAGACAGCACCACCACCAGAUGGAUUCGUAACUGGCUGACCAACCGCACUCAACGUGUAGUCCUCAACGGAACUACAUCCACAUGGAGGGAAGUAUGCAGUGGAGUACCCCAAGGCUCUGUUUUAGGCCCAGUACUCUUCAACAUCUUCAUCAAUGACUUGGACGAGGGGAUAGAUGGGGAACUCAUCAAAUUUGCAGAUGACACCAAGCUGGCAGGAAUAGCCAACACUCCAGAAGAUAGGCUCAAGUUACAGAAAGAUCUUGACAGACUUGAACAUUGGGCGCUAUCUAACAAAAUGAAAUUCAACAGUGAAAAAAAACAACUGAAGCAACUGGAAGAAGGAAAGCUUGGAAAAUUGAAAAGGUUACGUGAAAAAUUCUCUGCCAAGCGUCACAAAGAAGAUUCCAAAUAAUAACUCAGUCUUUAACUGGUUUUGUAAAGCACUGUUUUUGCCUGUACAGCUAAACCUCCUUGUUACCAGCAAAGGACAAUUGAAAGCUAUUCUGGAAUGGGAUAAACUAGCUCCAUUUGACUACAUGGUUUCUGAAGACUUAGGAAGUCCAUCUGAAGAACAGAAAAUGAUAUAGUUAUAUGCUGUGGGUGUUUACCUAUCUGCACUAGUGAAUGUCAUCUUGCAACUGAUGUGUUGGAGCCUAACAGAACUGUAGUUCAUGUCAAAACAAAAAAAAAUAUCUAACAUUGGGAUUCUGUGAAA